GGGAUCACCACCAGAGAUUACCUUGAAGAUUGGACUCUGUGGACACCAGGCUCACGGGAUCUCUGACACCAUGAAAGGUUUGCGGACCAUCACAUUAACUUACGUGCUCACCCUUUUACUGCUGGCGUCGUUCAUCUCACAGUCGUGGAGCGCGCCAAAGGGCUCUUUCCAGCGGAGAAACUGGACCCCGCAGGCUAUGCUGUACCUCAAAGGCACUCAGGGACGCAGGUUCAUCUCAGAGGACCGAAAAGAAGGAGAUGUCUAUGACACAUUACACUUAGAGACCCGCAGUCAGAACACAGAGAAGCUGAGCGUGGACCAGGCAGCCACUGUCCUGCUGAACUUCCUGCAGCAAGCCAGAGAGGGAGCCGAUGAAAACCCAGACGAGGUGUAUUUCCAGGAGCUGCCGGUGUGGAAGAGAGAAUAUUUCUGAUCGUCUUUCAUACAUUUGUAAAGCUGCUGGACAACAUCGUCUUUGUUUUCGAAUGUAAGGUUCCGUGUGAGGGAGAGGAACAGCUGUUGUUUUUGUAAAUACCCAAUGUAAUGUUUUAAUAAAAAGAGUUUGAAUUCAUAGCAUUA